UUGCUAUCAUUAUAUACGCUUGGACGACGACCAAGGGCACAAGAGCCGAGAGUGUCUGUCUCACUUGAAGCCACCGUAUCGGCCAACCGGGGAUCCAUUUUACAUAUUGAGGGCUGAUCCUAGCCCAUUCGGCCAUUCGGACAAUUCCCAUCAGAUCGACAACAACUCUGGACCUAAACCGUCACCACUUGACCGAUAACAACACCACGAAUUCGAUCCAAUCAUCCAGACCCUCAACUCCAAUCAGCCAUCCCUAUAUCAUCAUCGCAUAUUGGCUUAUUUAUCUCGGUUUUUUUUUGCUCUUGAUCCUUCCGUGUCCUAGUCCUCCCCCAGCUCCCACUUCAUCACAUUCUUACAAUCUUCAAGUAAAAAUAACUUAAACUGAACAUCGACCGGCCUUAUCAACAACCAUCAGUUCAGCCUCGCCAUCAUCUAGCCAAUCACUUUCAACCUUCAACCCAACUCUCAAUCUCAAUAUAAGCUUCUUGUCUAUUUCUACAACCACCAUCCCAAUCGCGUUUCCUUAUUAUCCAUCGGUCAGGUACUGCCCCUCUUGUAAUCCUUUGCUUUCUUCUCAACUCUGUCCUCUCUUGUUGUCCUACCCGGCAUCCCCCAGUCCAACCAAGUCACAAACCGUCCACAAAAAAAAAACCAUCAAAAAGAAGAAAAAAAAGUGUCACUAACUAAACCCAAAGAAACCAAACAGGUUAUACAAAACCCGGUUCGAUUUAUUUAUACAGCACUCGUCUCCUCAAAACCUUAAAACUUGUUCUGUUUCAACCUAAUUCGGCUGAGCUGUCUUAUACAUAUUUACCCUGGGUUCUCUCUCCAUAACACUUCUCAUACUCUUCUAUGCGCUCAUCAUCAUCAGCCUCUUCUUCCAAAACUUUUUCCGAUUGAGACCUGUGCUGGCUCUAGCCUCCUUGAACAAUUUCCCAUUCCAAUUAUCUUCUGCACCCCGCCCAACUGCUCGGCACCGUUUUGGGCUUCCUGAUUCACUUGUUUUGUCGCAUUCUUUCAUCAUUCCCUGUUGCGCCGGUUCUUCCUUUCCACUCUUUUUUUUCGGUCUCACUUUCUCACAACUUAGAAAUACUCGAUAUUAUCACCGCCAGGAGGCUUUUUUUAUAUCUCUGUCGCCGUCUCUGUUUGUCCACCCGCCCGGUUGUAUCCUGUAAACUUUUUUUUUGCUUUUUUUUCAUUCUUCUCUCCCCUCCCCGCUUCCUUGGAGUCAACCAAACCAAUUUGAACCAACCCAGCUUGUCGUUGGGUGUCCGCUCAAACAGGCUCUCGUGUUCAACUUCCAGAAGAUCGCCAUCAAGGUACCCCUCACCUCUGGUCUUGUCAAUCCCUCACUGGUUGACCACCACUCCAUUUCGCCAGUCAAUCAUGAUCCUGCCACUGUCAUCCAACCUUCAGCAGCCUCUUACUCCAUCACCCAGCGUGUCGAAGCGCCACUCAACCAGACCAUUGAGCGCUUCCAGUUCAUCUAGCAAUUGGCAAAUACCAAAAGAAUUUGUCGGUCUUCUCGAACCCAGGGAGAUUGUUCGCCAAUCAGCUAUCCAUGAGAUUAUCACCGGAGAGGCCGAAUAUCUUGAGGACCUGAAAAUUUAUCAAAACGUAUUUAUUGAGCCACUUCAAGAUCAAUUGUCCCCUGCUAUCUUUCAACCCAUCGAGCUAGAGCGAUUCCUAGACCAGGUCGUUUCAACACUUGGCGACAUUCGCAAAUUUAGUCGCAGCUUCCUGAAGCGUCUACGACAACGACAACAAGCUCAACAACCUUUUGUUGAAUCAAUUGGCGAUAUCAUCCUGCCUGCCGUGCUGGAAUGGGGGCCUGCUUAUAUCACAUACGCCGCUGACCAUCCUCUUGGUGAACUGGAGAUCGAACGUCAGAUCGACCAAAACCUUCUGUUCGCCGAGCACAUUUCUAAUAUCCCCCGCUUUAACUCACGCAAGAAAGAUUUCCGACAUUUUUACUCCCGGGCAACGUUUCGGCUGGCACGUUAUGUGCUUCUUUUUACUCGCCUGCUCGAGUCUACACCUGAGGACCAUGUGGAUCGAGAACCCCUUCGAUUGGCUCUCGAACUUGUGCGACGACAAUGCUCCGAGUGCAAUGCUGCCAUUGAAUCUCAGCAAGACAUCGUCACGCUCAUGAAGCUCAACUCAAUGAUUGCGCCAAAAUCCGAUAUUCCACUCCUCCAUCUUCACUCUUCGAACCGAAAAAUCUACGGCAGUGGGAAAAUGUUGCGAAAGAAAGACGGUGGCUCGGGCUUGGGAGAAUGGAGUGAAGUCUUUGUAGUUCUAUUUGAUCACUACUUUGUCAUGCUCAAAGAGAAAAAGGAUGACAGCCAUCCUCGAUUUCGAUAUCACAUUGUUGAACAACCGAUCCGAACGGAAUUCUUGAAGAUUAGUGGUCUCACUCAGCCUCCUGAAAAACGGUCAAGGAGACUCAAAACCAUCACCGACGGCUUGCGUGGUCACAACGCAACUCCUAGCAUCAAUUCAACUAGCAUGCCCGCUCGCCGGUCGAACAGUGAACCUAUUCAUCGUCAUUCUCAUAUUCCUACGACUGAACACUCGAAUGAGACUGAAUCAACGGCUUCCCUCCAACAUUCUCGCAGUUUGUACCCCAUGACCCUUCAACCCUUUGGUGAUUCUCCCCGGAUCCUCACUUUAUAUGUCGAGUCAGACUCUGCCCGACAAAACUGGCGCGAGCGUUUUGAGACUGCCAUCAAUCACCGGGUUCAAUCAAUCAAGACGUGCCAUGUGUUUGAGCUUUGGCCAAUGGCUCUGGAAACGUUUUCCAUUCCCUCUUCAUCUUCUUCUAGCUCAUCCUUGGCCAACUUACCUAGCUUAGCUGAACUGAAAGUUCUUUACGAAGAUCAGAUCCCGAAGGAACUGCUGCCCAAUACGGUACACCAUGGUGCUCCAACAUGCUCCACGCCAUUCAUCGCCCCAGACGGUCGCCCGCUGAUAGCAAUUGGAUGUAAAGAUGGUUUAUGGAUUGGAAAAAGAAAUAACUCCAGUUCAUAUAGAAAGGUUCUACCUGUCAAAAACAUCAUUCAGAUUUCUUUCUUGCAAAACGAAGGAUACAUGAUUGUGCUCGCAGGCCAAGUGCUCCUGGCCUAUCCUCUUGAGAUUUUGGUUCACAGCCCAGGUGGCAAGCUACUGCGACCUCCCACCACGCGUUCGGUAACAGCCAAUCCUAACCCGACUUAUUUACCCAAGCCUCCCCGACCAGCCGUUCCGUAUCAUCAGCAGCAACCCCACCAGCAAAUACUAAGUCGCGCAACCUCGGCUAGUAGCCAACAAAGCGCCCGAAGUCGACAAAGCUACAGUGGCGCUGAAAUGGAAUCCCCGAUCCCCGUGGGAAGGAGCUCACUCUUGCUCUCCUUGGGAAUGUUUGAAUUCGAGCGGCAACCAGUAAAUGACGAAGAAGGCGUCCUCUCUUCCUCUGGCUGCGAUGAAACGUUGGUUUCUUCAACCUCCUUUCAGAAGUUCUCCAGGGUUGGGGGUGUGGACUCCUGCGAAUCAUCCGUUCCUAGCUCUCCGGAUUCUUCUUACAAACGUUUCCGAGAAUUCCGUCCAAUAGGUAAUACCAUGGGUAUGCACAGAAGAAUGACGAGUGAGAGUUGCUCAGACUCAUAUCGCCGAAUAUCCACCCUAGGGAUUGCGACGACCCACCGGGCAUCCAUUCCAGGUGGUACUGAAGGCGAGCGCGAGAAACGAAGGGGGCUCGUUAAACUAUCAGGGCCAUCCGACAAGGUAAGAUUCUUCAAGGUUGGACUGUUGGAAAAUCGCCUGGUCGUGAUCUACGCCGAGAAAGCUAAGGGAGGCCAGACUGCUUUCAAAAUUUUAGAGCCUGACUCGGGAUCCAAUGAGCAAGCUGGUCAUGCGUUCACUUUAUUCAAGGAAAAUCAAGAAUUCACCCUCCCCUUUGAGGCACAUGAUGUGCUGUGCCAUGAAAGCCAGAACAAGUUGCUCGUUUUUCAUGGCAAUCGUUGUGAAGUUCUCAACCUUGAUGAUUUGACCUCUGCUACCAUUCCUCGGCUCGAAGAGAAUCGGGAUGAACCAGCAUGCAACAUCCUAAUGAAGAGAGUUGAAGAAGCAAAACUGUUGAACAUCUUACCAAUCACUGCUAAGGAGUAUUUGUUCUGCUAUGAUAAAUUUGCAUAUUUUGGAAGCAGCAGUGGCAGCGUGAUACGCAAAAAGUUUGAAAAGAUGAUUGAAUGGGAUGGACGGCCAUCGGCGGUCACCAGGUACAAGGACUACGUCAUCGGAUAUUCAGACAAUUUAAUUGAAGUUUGGGACCUCCGCACAAGUACCCGAGUUCAAAUUAUGCAUGGCAAGGACAUCCGAUGCAUUUAUAACGGCGAAGGCGCUCAACAACGUAGUUUACAUAAACCCCACUCGGGUCUAGACAACCCUUUGCCUCUGAGAAUUGUCAAGGCUAAUUCUAUCAAUCGCAACAGCUCUUGUGAAUCAAUCCAAGAGGUCGAACUCCUGGUUAACCAACUACCUCAGGUCGAAAAACACGAUGCGAAACUGGGCUCGGACAAUCAUCACACUGGCUACGCGCAUGAUCGGCCACUCUCUUCAGAAAAACUCUCUCCCUCUCUUCUUGUCCAAAAUCACUUUGAAAGUUUUCAUGUCUCAAUUCGCGACUCGGGGAAUGCCUACAGGGUUUUCGAAAUGGGACACGUCUCAACUUGAAUAUUUGUCAAUUUUUGGGUAUUUCUUCUUCAUGUCAUCUCUUUUUUAAGUUUCUUUCGCGAGGAAGGCCGGAACAACUCCGUCUUGGAUUUCGGACCUCUUAUCUGUCUUCCUUAGUUUCCUUUCUUCUUUUGGUUCUAUUCCGGGCUCUUCUCUUCUCUUCCGGGUCUCUGCUUUCAUUUGCCCUACAUACGCACACAUAAAUCUACACCGCAUCCCAAUUUCUUUUCUUCUUUGCUCCACUUUUUUUUGAUCUUCUUUCUUGGACGCCAAAAUCACGAACCUCUUGCCAUGCAGAUCGACUAACAAACCAGCAGACUAUCUAUUAUUGUCUUUCUAUACAUUCAAAAACACAAAGGCAGCUCUUGUCCCCAUCAUACAACCAAAGCUUAAACUGUCUAUCCUUGCACAUCUUUUUGAACCUUUCUUCUCAUGUAACAAUAUUGAAGAAUAUAUUCCCUUUUUUGUUUUCCAUCAUGUUUGUGCUUUAAGACCCAAAUACUAUUUAGAUCAUUACCACUUUAAUUAAUAUUUUUAGCACAAUUAAACCAAUUUUACUUAUCUUUUACAACUAUGCAUUUUUUGUCACUGUAAUAUUUGUCUUUGCCACUUCCAGCUUCUCAUGAAAAAUCUGUCAUUUUUGUUUUACUUAGCCUGGUUAAUUAUUAUUCCUUUGUAAUUUAUUUAUGUAUGAUGAUGACAAUGAUGAUGUAUUUAUGUAUGUAUAUAUGUAAGCUUACCAAAACAAAUCAGCACUCCAACCAAUGAAACUCUUAACCAUGAUUGACAUUUAACUUGUUAAAUCUUGUAGCAGAAAGCUC